AAGAGUGAGCGGAUCCAGCAAAAUGCUAUCCAUAUUCAAACUGUCAAUGAUGGGCAUAUUUGCAUUUAUCUGGGACAAUCUGAAGUUUCUCAUGCAAUGUAUGAAGAUGCAGUCUUUCUGGUGUUGGCUACAGUUUUUGGGAUUAGAGAAAGUGACAUCUCCAAAGAACUCGGUAAUCCAGAAUUCUCCUGGAGUCAUCCCCACCAGUGUGAAUUACCACUUCACUCGACAGUGCAAUUAUAAAUGCGGAUUCUGCUUUCAUACAGCAAAGACAUCUUUUGUGUUACCUCUGGAAGAAGCCAAGAAAGGACUUCACCUUUUAAAAGUUGCAGGUAUGGAAAAAAUAAAUUUUUCAGGAGGAGAACCAUUCCUUCAAGACAGAGGGAACUUUGUUGGCAAAAUGGUUCAGUUCUGCAAACAGGAGCUUAAGCUGCCAAGUGUUAGCAUUGUGAGCAAUGGAAGUUUGAUCACAGAGAGAUGGUUCAAAACAUAUGGUGAAUAUCUCGAUAUACUUGCUGUAUCCUGUGAUAGCUUUGAUGAAGAAGUUAACAAAUUAAUAGGACGUGGUCAAGGCCAAAGAAAUCAUGUGGAAAAGUUGAUGCAGAUCAGGAAGUGGUGCCAGGAAUAUAAUGUGGCAUUCAAAAUAAAUUCUGUCAUCAAUCGAUUUAAUAUGGACGAAGACAUGACCAACGAGCUUACGAGGAUAAACCCAAUACGCUGGAAGGUCUUUCAAUGCCUUAUUAUUGAGGGUGAAAACUGUGGAGAGGAUGCAUUGAGACAAGCGGAGAAAUUCAUUAUAAGUAAUGAAGAGUUCAACAAUUUUCUCAGUCGUCAUAAGAACAUUAAAUGUUUGGUUCCUGAAUCUAACAAGCAGAUGCGCGAUUCUUAUCUCAUUUUGGAUGAAUAUAUGCGUUUCCUGGAUUGCAGAAAAGGGCGAAAGGAUCCUUCCAAAUCCAUCCUAGAUGUGGGAGUUGAAAACGCAAUUAAAUUUAGUGGAUUUGAUGAGAAGAUGUUUUUCAAAAGAGGAGGAAAAUAUGUGUGGAGCAAAGCAGAUUUAAAGCUGGAUUGGUGAUAACGAUUAAAGCUCUCACAAAAUGGACUAGAUGAUAUCUUUGCACUAUACGUGUUUUAUGAACAAAUACUAAUAUUUACCCAUAGCUUACAAAGGUUUAAAUGCAAUAUUACGUAAAUAUGGUCCAAUUUAUUUAAUAAUCGAGAAAAAAAUGUUUAAUAGCAAUGAGCAAGAAUAUAUUUAGUUAAAGAGACUAUGUAGUGUUUUCAGUGCAGAACAUCCUAAAUGAUUUAUACGUUAUAUUCAAUUGAUAUGAUGUAUAGAUCAAAGGAGAUUGUUUUUGAGUUUAUUUUUGGUCCCCUACUUAUGACAUCACGAUGAGAAGACAUAUGCAAAUUAACUAUAGUAAUUAAGAAUAAUUAAUUUGAAUACGGUGCCACUUGAUGAUGUCACUAAUGGUUUGG